AUGAGAGUUUACAACUUGCUGCUGCUCACACUUGUGAUUGCCCUCUCUGCUCUGGCUGCAAGCGGAGAGGCACAGAAGCCUGAUUGUACGGAGCACAUUAAUGGCCUCUCCUUUGCGGAUCCCAUUAGCUGUUCCAGCUUCUAUGUUUGCCUGCGCGGCCGUGCGCUGCGAAGGGAAUGUGCUCAUGGCCUCUACUUCGAUCCCAGGACCCAAAUUUGCAACCUGCCGAGCCUUGUGGAGUGCCACAAUGGAGAUCGCAGUAGUGCUAUAGUCUCUGGGCACGAUCACGAAGGCCAUUUAGCGGCAACAGAAAACAACCCCCUCAGCACCAAAAGCAGAGACACCCUGCACGACCACAACUUCUACAACACCUUGUACAACUACAUCGUCAACAACGACAACAACAACCACAACAACAACACCUUGCACAACGACAACUACGUCGACAACGACGACUACAACAACGACUACAACAACCACAACAACGACCACAACAACAACAACUACAACAACAACAACACCUUGCACAACGACAACCACAACAACGACUACAACAACCACAACAACGACCACAACAACAACAACAACUACAACAACGACCACAACAACAACACCUUGCACAACGACAACUACGUCGACAACAACUACCACAACAACGACAACAACAACCACAACAACGACCACAACAACAACAACAACUACAACGACGACCACAACAACCACAACUACAACACCUUGCACAACGACAACUACGUCGACAACAACGACCACAACAACGACUACAACAACCACAACAACGACCACAACAACAACUACCACAACAACAACACCUUGCACAACGACAACUACGUCGACAACAACAACUACAACAACGACCACAACAACGACCACAACAACGACCACAACAACCACAACUACAACACCUUGCACAACGACAACUACAACCACAACAACAACUACAACGACCACAACAACAACACCUUGCACAACGACAACUACGUCGACAACAACGACCACAACAACGACCACAACAACAACUACAACAACGACCACAACAACAACACCUUGCACAACGACAACUACGUCGACAACAACAACUACAACAACGACCACAACAACCACUACAACGACCACAACAACCACUACAACGACCACAACAACCACAACGACAACUACAACCACAACAACAACACCUUGCACAACGACAACUACGUCGACAACAACAACCACAACAACGACCACAACAACAACUACCACAACGACCACAACAACAACACCUUGCACAACGACAACUACGUCGACAACAACAACUACAACAACGACCACAACAACGACCACUACAACGACCACAACAACCACAACUACAACACCUUGCACAACGACAACUACAACCACAACAACAACUACAACGACCACAACAACAACACCUUGCACAACGACAACUACGUCGACCACAACAACGACCACAACUACAACCACAACAACCACUACAACGACCACAACAACAACACCUUGCACAACGACAACUACGUCGACAACAACAACUACAACAACGACCACAACAACCACUACAACGACCACAACAACCACUACAACGACCACAACAACCACAACGACAACUACAACCACAACAACAACACCUUGCACAACGACAACUACGUCGACAACAACAACCACAACAACGACCACAACAACAACUACCACAACGACCACAACAACAACACCUUGCACAACGACAACUACGUCGACAACAACAACUACAACAACGACCACAACAACCACUACAACGACCACAACAACCACAACCACAACAACAACUACAACGACCACAACAACAACACCUUGCACAACGACAACUACGUCGACAACAACAACUACAACAACAACUACAACCACAACGACCACAACAACAACACCUUGCACAACGACAACUACGUCAACAACAACGACUACAACAACGACCACAACAACGACCACAACAACAACUACAACAACGACCACAGCAACAACACCUUGCACAACGACAACUACGUCAACAACAACAACUACAACAACGACCACAACAACAACACCUUGCACAACGACAACUACGUCAACAACAACGACCACAACAACGACCACAACAACGACAACAACAACGACCACAACAACGACCACAACAACGACCACAACAACGACAACAACAACGACUACAACGAGCACAACAUCACCUUGUACCACAACCUCCACUACCUGUGCACCAGCUACAACUGCUUCAACAACGACAAAAAUAAUAACGGAAAAGACAACAACGACAAAGACAACAACCAUAAAGCAUAUACCAACAACCCCUUGCAUAACAACAACAACGGCCUGUAAGACAACUACUAAGGAGCCGUGCACGACCACAAGGCCCCCUUGCACCACGACUGUAGCUCCAUGCACUACAACAACGCCACCCUGUACGACAACAACCACACCCUGCACGACAAAAAAACCUGCCAAUGAACCUGAGAAGGUUGAUAAAGCUAUCGUAAACAACCCAG